UGUUUACGGUUUCCUGCAAAACUUUUUCAAUUUCCAAACGUAUUUUGUAUUAGGCAGUUGCAGUUUUUAGCAGUUGACGAAAGCUAUAAAGUUAAUAUUUCCUGUUGGAGUCAAGAAGACGUGAGGUAAAAUGUCUAAGGAUAGAUAUAAAAUUGAAAUAGUACAUAUACACCAUCCACAUCUGAUGUGGAUUAAAUUAAAGGAAUGUGAAUUCAAGGAGGAUUUUUUGCUGGAUCAAAUAGGUUUAUAUGGUAUUUUACCAUUAGAAAUAACCAUAAACGCAGAGAAUAAUGCAUUGGAAACAUUGAAAUGUAAAGAUUGGGUGCCGGCGGCAACUUCUCUUAUCAAGAAAAUAACAUCUGAAAGCACUGAAAUAUGGUUUACACCUACUCACAUAGACAGGAGGGUUUCUAUAUUUGACAAUAACAUACAAAAAUAUGGAGAAGUGGAAUAUAAAUCUGGCGAUAAGAUUAAAAGUUUGUCUGAGAAAUUAAUAAAGUCCAGCUUAGCUUAUCAAGAUGUAUGUAAUUUUCAUAAAAAACUCAGCAGAGGUGAAAUAAAAACAAAAUUGUCUAAUACCAAAAUACAAGAUGUUAUAAAACAUUUUGUUAACUUCUUUCAAUCAAAAGGCAUACCAAAAGAAGUGUGGGAUAAAGUGUUAAAAACACAAAUGUCCGUGUUCUUCUGCUCUCAGCAAGUUGAAUCAGCUUUGACGCAGUCAAAUCUUGAGAAGCAUAACAGCUUACAGAUCAGAAGUGUUCUUAAGAGUAAAAUGAAAGACUUAAGCUUGUGUAAAGAUGUUGAUGAUAAGUCUCUUGGGAGAGCCAUUUGUAGAAUGGAUGGUUCAUCUGAUAGCCGAAUAUCUUCCGAUUUGUUAAGAAGAAAACUGCAUCAUGCAAAAAAAAAUAAAGAUCCUGAUACAGUGGAAACUUACAACAGUAUCAAGAAAUUUUUGGACCACAAUUCCACUCAAUGUCAUAGCAAAAUAGUUGAUGAUUUUGAAUUGGCUAUAGAGGAAAAGCAAAAAGAUUGUUAUGUUCCUGAUCAAAAUGAUCAUAAAAAUCAAGGUGCACUUAGUUUAAGAUUUCAAAAACUUAAUAGCUAUAAGAAACCAAACAAAGAAAAUAUAACAACAAAGGAGGACAUUCCUAAAAGCAACUGUAAUAAAAAAGCAGUAGAGGUAGUUGGUGAAAAAGGGGAAAAGCCUGUUAAGGAGAAGGAGAGUUCUAAAAAUACCAAGCAGCUUGGUUUUGUGUAUGGACCACCUGGCCUUAAUCCAACACAAUAUGUGAGAAAUAUACCUGAACAAUUUGAGGAAAACAUGCCACAUCGUAAAACUACUACUGAAAAUCCUGAUGAUGAUCAUUUUAAUGCAAAAGUAGGUGAAACAGAGUCAGAAAUUAAUGUUGAGCUCAAUAACAAAGAUUUCCUGAAAAAGAUCCUGAAUGUGGCACCUCAAGGUAGUAAAUCUGACAGAAUCAUAUCUCAGAAGGGCGAUUCUGUUGAUUCUAGCACUCCAAAUGAUUCAUCUGCGUCAAGUUCUUUACUGCUACAAAAAAGGCUGAGACAGAGUAAAAGAAACAAGGAUUGCAACUCGAAUACAUCAAAUAUUAAAUGUUCUGAGACUUCCAGCCAUUAUAAUUCUGUUGCUGAAAACACAUCAAAGCAAGGUGACAUGAAUGAAGAUGAAGAUAAUAAGGUAAUUGAUAGAAUUAACCAAAAAUAUGCAUUAGGUUUAGUUGGUGGUCAAGUAAAAGAAAAAGUAUGUGAAGAAGAAAUGGUAAAUGUUAAAUUAAAAAAUCAUGUAAAUCCAUUUCAAAACACAGACCCAAAUAUAUCGGUUUUUGUUGAUAAGCUUGUUACUCCAAUAUUAAUGGUACAUUCAAAACUAAACAAGCGCAUUGAACCUGUUUAUGAAAUGAGAGAUGUAAAUUUUGAUGGCAACAUUCAUUUAGCCUUAAAAAAUAUGUCCUUCAAACAUCCAAUGAUGUUGCAAUCAAUAUCAUGGUUUACUAUUUUAAGAGGUUAUAGUUUGUUCAUGAUAAGUCCUAUGGGAAGUGGGAAAACAAUGGGUUAUUUGCCAGCAGUGUGCCGCUUGGCAAUUGAUUAUAGUCAGAGUUUAGAUGAUAGUGUGGGUCCCAUUAGUAUUAUAGUAUGUGCCACAGCUGAAUCUGUGACACAUGUAGAAAAAAUAGCUAAAGCAUUUUUAAAUAAUGAAAAAAUUGUAUCAUGUUAUGCAGGGGUAGAUGAUUUAGAUGUGGCAACGCGUUUGUUGAAUAAAUGUGACUUGUUGAUCUGCACACCUCCAGCUUUAGUUAGGUUACUAAAAGUCAAGGAACUCGGUGUAGACUUACGCCGCCUUUGUUCAUUUGUACUCGACGAUUGCGAGCGCCUUGCGGAAGUGUAUAUCGAUGAGCUUAAAUAUUUCUUCAUUAAAAUAGUAGAAAUGAUGAAAAGCAGAGCACUCAAAGAAUUGAAAGUGCAAUUCAUCCUUGCGUCGAGGGUGUGGUGCGAUUUUAUGGGACCACUGGCGAAAAGAGCGCCGGACACUGUAAUAUGCAUAGGUGCCUAUCAAGAAUGUGUCCUAUAUUCUAAAGCUAAUACUUCAGUCACUUUCCUUAAACCUGAGGAGAAAAUUAAUUUAGUUUUUAAGUUUUUGAUGGAAACAGAUAGUUCUAAAAGGACUGUGGUAGUGUGUAGGUCAGAUGAGGAAGUGAAAAUUCUUACAGUGGCUUUAAAUAAAUCUAAUAGAUAUAUUCUGUCAUGUGAUACUACUAUGACUGUACAAGAUUUAUACAAUUUAAAUAUUUCUUGGACAGAAUACAAUGAUCCGCUAAUUGGACCACUACUAAUAUGCUGCGAUGAUAACUUGACUCAUAUGAAUAUCACAAAUGCUCAUAACUUAUUACAUUAUUCCUUGCCAACAUUAUUUUCUAUGUUUUGUAAACGCUUUUCUGUGUUAAACGAUAAUUACCCGUCUAUAUUUAGGAGUGAUGGCAUCAACGUGAACAUAAAAAUUAUGUUAGAUGAGACAAAUAUUGAACAGCUCCCAAAGAUUAUAAACUUUUUAAAACGUUGCACAGAUACCCUUCCUGACGUUCUAAGUACUAUAUCAGACAAAGUUUUAAUUGAGAAAGAUGCUCGUAAAGCUCAACUAUUGGUUCCCAUUUGCAAUAACCUCCUAGGUUUUGGACAAUGCCCAGACAUGUAUAAUUGCCAGGGACGUCAUACAAUGUUUAAGGAACAUGACAUGCCGUUAGAGUGGUUACAAGGGAAGGGUACUGUUGCCUUUAAAAUACUUCACUAUCAAUCCGCUAUUUCAUAUUCUGCUAGACUUUUAUCUAAUACAUUAAAUGGUGUAACUACAAAAUAUCCUCAAACUUACAAUCUACUCUCGAUGAAAAUGAGUAUGUAUUAUAGCAACGAGACUAAGAGAAAACUACAUGGUAUUCCUGAAGUAGGAGAUAUUUGUGCGGUAUCAAUCAAACAAAAUCUUUUUGUGCGGUGCCAAGUGAUUAAAAUAUUAAAUAGAUACGAAAAAGGGAAUCCUAAUCAUGUUCUUGUAAAUCUUAUAGAUGAAGAAAAAUUGGAAACAUCUCGUGAUAUUUAUUUAUAUUAUUUGCCAAAUGAAAUUAAAAACGUUAAAACUGGUACUGUACGUGUGAGACUUGCAAAUAUACAGCCGUUAGAUAAAGAUAUCACGUUUUCCGAAAUAGCACUAAAACACGUAAAGAAAAUCAUCGAAAAAGAUGAAAGUCUAUACCUCAGAGGUAAUAUUAGUUUAAUUAUUGGAAAUACUAUAUUCAUAGAUGAUCUUGAAGUUUGUGAGGAUUUAACUUCUUUGAACAAAACUGUCGUGAAGUGUAAUAUUAUUCAAGAGCUCCUCGGGAAACAUGCCAAGACUAACACUGAUCAUAUUGAAAAAUUAAGAGGUCUUUGUGUUUUAAGUGGAAUACAAUUAAUUCAAGACGAAAAAGUACCACAACGUAUAAAACUCGAUACGAAAGUACAUCCUAAAGCUAGUUGGGCGUAUUUAGAUAUUGAUGAUUUAACGUGCGUUUACUUUAAUUCGGCAAUUCAUCCCGAUACUUUUUUCAUUAGAUUGGACAAGUUUGUAUCUUGUAUGACUGAUUUAGCCAAAGAAAUACAAGCAUACGUAAAAGACAAUAUGGUGUCAUUAACAAAAGCUGCUAAAGGAGACCUAAUUCUGGCUAAGUUUCCAGACGACGGUACGUUUGAGAGAGCCAGAGUAGAUGACUUAUUGAAUAAUGACAAAGUGAAGUGCUUUUUUGUUGACUAUGGUGAUUGGAGGGCGGUACCUGUUAGUGAUUUAGUUUCUAUGCCAGAAAAAAUUAUAAAUAAACUUCCCUUUCAAGCUAUUGAAUGUAGAUUGAUAGGUAUUUGCCCACCUGGAGAGCACUGGUCGGAUUUCAGCGUAAACUGGCUUUGGGAUAAUUGUUUGGAGGAUGUUAGUGGAAACAUGAAACCACUUUAUGUUAAAUACUUCACAAAGGGCCAAGCUGAAUUUACUGAGGGCAAAAAAUAUAAUGUCGUACUAGUAGAUACUAAUACCGAUGACGAUGUCAUUAUCAACAAACUAAUGAUUGAUUUAAAUCUGGCUAGAGAAAAUCCUGAGGAAAUUCACUAUCUUCAUAAUUUAGACUUUUCGGUGAUUCGUUAUGAUACUGGUGAUUCUGUUGACGAAGACGAAGAUGAUUGGGAAAAAGUUCCAUUAAACAAUUCUAAACCGGACAGUAACACAUCUUUAAAUCCGAUAAUGGCAAAGCCGAUACGAUCCGUGCCAUUAGUUGGAUCUGACGAGGAAUCAGACGAUUCAGACAGAUGGAAUAUCCACAUGACUGAAGAAUUUAAGGACUUUUUUCAACCGGCAUUUAAACAAAUGAUGCAAGAAACACGAACUUGCCUUCCUGCAAUUGAAAACAAACAAAAUGAUUUUGCGAAAGUCAAAAAAGAGGAUUCAAGAAUUGCAAAAGAAACGCAACUAGCUGAUGUGAAUGAUCCUUCGAAAAUAAUUGAGCUAGAUUCUGAUGAUUUGACGUCAACCCUAUCAAGUAAAUCUGACAGAAAUUCUGAAAAAAGCUCAGAACCAAACUUUAUAACUAGUGUCCAAGAGUUCAGACGGCCAAGAGUGCUCUGGAAGCAAAAUAAGAAAAAUGUUAUCAUUAAAAUUCAACUUAUUGUGGAGGGAGACUAUGUACUUAAAGUAGAGAGCAGAAAGAUUAUAUUUAAAGCUAACGCUAACGAUACUACCUAUGGAUUCGAUAUAGAUUUGUAUGCAGUAAUUGAUACUCAUAAGUGUUUCCAUUCAAACAAAGGUCAGUACAUUUUACUAAAGCUAAGCAAAGUUCUAAACAAAAAAUGGUUAUUCCUUACAAGAGAUGGCACGAUAAAAAAAUGGAUAACAUACGAUUUUGAUAGUAUCGAUACCUCUUCAGAUGAGGAGGUACUAGACGGAAAGUCCAUGGAACAUAUUAUUAAAAGCAGUCACUAUGGCACAGAAUCUGAAUCAGACGAUGAUGAAAUAAUCGAUGAUGCUAAUUUUAUUUAUAAGAAGUAACUUACAAAGAAUGUUCGGAAUAGUCAAAUUUGAAUGCUGCAAAUUGCAAUUGCUUUACUUUCUAUUGCUGUUAAGGUGCUCCCUCUCCGGGAGCAUUCACGUGUACAGUGUACUGUAACGUUAAAGAGUCGUUGAGCAUUACAUUAGAAUAAAACCUUACGUCGUAUGACUGAGUUAUAGAUUCGACUUUGAGCAUUCCAUAGCAAGUUGAGCGCAUUGAUGUUACAAGUUGUAUACAGAUAUUACACAUUGCAUCAUUAAAAAGUGCGCAUUGUAAUGCUCGGUUCUCCUCCUUCACUGAUGUUAUGCUCAAAUAUGUAAUGUUACAUUACACGCGAAUGCUCCUAGUGGAUGAGCGCCUUUAUGUUUUGUUGUUGUGUGUAUUUCUGUAAUUAGUACAUGAUAAUUUUUUUUUAAUAUUACAUUUAAAGUUGUUAUACCCUCAAAAUAAAGACUGUAACCGGAGACUGAAACUGUGAAACUUAACGUUAACUAUAAUAUGUUAAAUUUUACCUAAAUUUCCCUCCCUAUGUAGUUAAGACUUCUUCUUGUAUUAUGAUGCGAUCGUGACGUAAUGUAAGUAGGUACUUAGCUCUUUUUAAUAACGGUAAUAAAAUAUGUAACGUUUAACGGAGAGUAGUUUUAAGGCGCAUCAUUUAACCGAAUCUCAGGCAAGAGCAAGUUAUCAGCAAUAAACGGCUCUUUUCUAGAACUCUGUUUUAAUUUUUAGGGCCACAUCACUCUCUGUACCCGAUUAAUGGUUAGUUAAGUUUUUGCUUUUAUUUUAAUAUGAUCGCGAAUCAUUUACUAUGUGUCGUUACUCGUUAUGUUAUUUUUAUUUUGGCAACGUCUUGGUUGUAACUUGUAACAGAUUCAUGUAGCCAUAGUAAAAGUUCAAACAUAAUUAUUGCCAAGAUAUUGUAUCAAAUAGGAGAUGUGAGCAGGAAAUUGGGUUUAAAAUAAUUUUCCCUAGUCUUCCCUAUGUUUUUGAUUUUAAGAGAGCUUUUAUAUGAAAAGGAUUUGUUUCUGCCUCAACUUUUAUUUUCUUGUUUCAAAAACGUUAUUACGUACGACAAAAAACUCAAGUUCCUAAAAUAUAUUGUA